AAUAUCAAAAAAAAAAUCUCCAAACAAAUAACAAAUAAUCUCCAAACAUAUAUCAUCUAAUUUGUCCGUAAGUCAUGGCCAAGCUAUUGUGUUCGUAUCUGCUCAUCUCCAUCUUUAUUCUCUCAGCUUUGUUGGCUUUGCCAAGUGCACAGGGGGCAAAUAUAAAAAGAUGUUCUGUGAACGUGAAGCUUAGCAAGCCAUGCACUUUUCAAGAAUGCAUACCAAUUUGCUAUCAAAAGUACAAGGGGAAUGGCGUCUGUACCGGAAAUGAAAACCAGUUUUGCACUUGCGUUUACAAUUGUUAGUCUAGACAGAAAAAGCAAUCUUUAAAUGGUGCCUUAAAUUAUACUUUGACGUACUACAUACAUGUAUUUGGACGAUAUGAUC